GUCGUAUGUCCCAUGACAUAUGAGCACGGUGGAGACGUCACCAUGAGAUUCAGAGACCUGCUUGGUGUGCCUUUCCAUCUGACCUACUCAGAUGGACUCCUGCGAGACGUUCGGUAUAUGUCGGAGGAUGGCUUGCUAGGUUCAGCGCAGGCAGGCAAGAGGACAGAGAAGCGCUCAGAAAUUUCUCGUUUGUCUGCUGAGGUGGAGGGCCCAUGUGGUCCUGCUCGCGUCGGGGGGUGCUCUGCAGCACAGGGUGACAUGGGCGGGCCGAGCGAUGUCGCGAUGUCGCAGAGCCCGGGGAAGAAGAAGAAGUGCACGCCGGGACCACCACGUGGGAAGACGCUCGCAGGCAGAAAGAAGGUGAACCCGAAGGCAGUGCCAGGGACCGGAGACACCGCAGGUGCACGAACUCAGGUCCCCAGACACCGUCGACGCCGAGGGAUGACAACUUUGUCGGAAAUCAGAAAGUUGCAACGAUCCACCGACCUUUACUUGGCUUUCAGGCCGUUCUUGCGUCUCGUGCGCGAGGUUGUGGACCGGGACAUUGCUCUGGGUAUGGGCGUGAGGUUUCAGAUGACGGCGAGAGAAGAGGACGAAAGACAAACCGUACGCAUCAUGUCGAUGUCAGCAGCACAGGUGGAGGCUGUUCUUGCAGAGGUAAUGAAGUAUGCAAAGGAGGGCGUCCACUACAACGGUGCUUGCGAAUUGUCUUUGCUUCAGAACAGGGUGCCAAGGUACUUCAUAGUCGCUGUGGAUAUGAGAUCCACAAUCAUGGCAAACGGCGAGGGCUGUGUCAAAGCACGAACACUCUUGCAACGCUUCAGAGAGUCACCACAUGUACGUGUGGACAACGAUGUGGAAGACAGUGCAUACAGUCUAAAAGGAGUGGUCCAGUGGAUCUGCAGCGAAGGGAUGUGCGAAGAAGGAGACGUGGACAUGACAAUGCAGCAGACAGGGGGGACAUAUACACCUGCGAACUUGGGCAAGUUGUUGGGCACUGUCGCACGGAAUGGGGGAAUGCUGGUUGAUGGGUCGAAGAACGAGUUGAAGAGUGGCGAUGCCUAAAUAUGGGUGUUGUCCAGAAUGAAGGACAUUAUACAAA